AUCUGGGUCUCUGCCAGACGUCACGUCUGUAGGACGGAGGCGCACCUACGGCUUCCUGGUUCUACGUAUGACGUCAGUUCUCAGGCACGUACGGUCGCGCGGGACUUCCUGGUCGCCCCUGGAACGCAGAAACACAUGGGACUUCCUGGUUCGUGCUCCAGAUACUGCGGGCAAACGGAGCUCUGUAGGGCUGGAAAUAUGAGGAGGACGCUCGGUUAAACUCCCACACCGAUACUGUACGACUGACUCCGUUUUCCGUUCGGACGGAGAGCGCUUGUGGAGCGUGAGACCGGCGGCGGAGGCGGCGUUGCAGAGUCCCGGGGUCCCUCAGCAGCUGCCAGCAGCAGGUCCUUCGGUUAGCUUCGUUCGUCGAGGACGAGGGAAUGCCGAUGGGCAGCCCAUGGUAGUAUGGGCAGCCCCGCACACCGCUGCAGGGACAUCGAGAGGCAAGCCGGCUACCUACAGCCGGAGCACUGUGCCCCGCCCCCGCCGCGCACCCUGCCUGACACCAUGUGGUUCAUCCGAGAUGGUUGCGGAAUCGCGUGCAGCAUCAUCACGUGGCUGCUGGUUUUCUAUGCGGAGUUCGUGGUGGUCUUCGUCAUGCUGCUGCCCUCUAAGAGCCUGGCCUACAGCCUGGUGAACGGGGCACUCUUCAAUGGCCUGGCGUUCCUGGCCCUGGCCUCUCACUUCCGGGCCAUGUGCACUGACCCUGGUGCAGUGCCCAAGGGGAAUGCCACCAAGGAGUUCAUUGAGAGCCUCCAGCUGAAGCCAGGACAGGUGGUCUACAAAUGUCCCAAGUGCUGCAGCAUCAAGCCAGACCGUGCGCAUCACUGCAGCGUCUGUAAGCGGUGCAUCCGAAAGAUGGACCACCACUGUCCUUGGGUCAACAACUGUGUGGGGGAGAACAACCAGAAGUAUUUUGUUCUCUUUACGAUGUACAUUGCGCUGAUAUCUCUGCAUGCUCUCAUCAUGGUGGCCUUCCAUUUCAUGUUCUGCUUUGAAGAGGACUGGACAAAGUGCAGUACCUUCUCGCCUCCUGCCACCGUCAUCCUGCUCAUCCUCUUGUGUUUCGAGGGGCUCCUUUUCCUCAUUUUCACAUCUGUGAUGUUCGGGACCCAAGUGCAUUCCAUCUGUACCGAUGAAACAGGGAUAGAGCAGUUGAAAAAGGAAGAGAGAAGAUGGGCUAAAAAAACUAAGUGGAUGAACAUGAAGGUGGUGUUUGGGCACCCCUUCUCUAUAGCGUGGCUCAGCCCAUUCGCCGCACCCGACCACGGGAAGGCUGACCCAUACCAGUACGUUGUGUGAGACGGGAGGUGGACCCCUGCGAAGCCCCCACGCCCCACCGGCUCCCACUUUGAGUGCAGACUGAUGAUGCCUCUGGCAGCGCGUCGUAUCGCUGAGCAGGCCAACCACAGCUGUAGCCACAUUGACUCUCUUUUCUGUCUCUAGAACUCAUUCAACUGUUUUAUUUUCCCAUGCUUUGAGGAGACAGUUGAUGUAGAAUCACUUUGCCUGGACUAAAAUGCCUGUAACUUUGGGUUUCUUUUAAUUUUUUUAAUUUUUUGCCUGAUGCUUUUUAACUUUUUAUUAUUAACUGAGUGUUUUCCUUCUGUAUGCUCGAAGGCCCCUGUCUGUGCUCUGAUCUAACUUACAGUAAAUACACUCCAUCUGUCGUGUUGGAACGGUGGACACAAGCAGCCAUUGUGUUAAAUCUUUCCAAGUGAACAGUGAUAAGUGUUUGCGGCAACUGGGAUUGUCCCAGCAGGAGAACAGUGCACGAUUCCUUUCGGAUUUGCUUGGUGGCCACAGCUGUUGUGGACGGUGAUGUGAACUGUAUGUCUCUCUGCGGCUGAACUGUGUCCUCCUGACUGGGUGGGGAGCUGGGGGAACGCCAUCAAAUGGGCUCUGGGUUGGUUUGAUUUAGUUCAGUAUGGUUUACCACAAAAAUAUCAACUGUGCCAUCUUAAUGUAUUUACAGAAACACGAAGGCAAUGAAAAGCAGGUUAGAAAACAAAAGUUUGACAGCAGUUAUUAGGAUCAGGUGUGAAAGGACAUAUGGGAAACUCACAGUAUAAAAAGUGUAUGAUCCUGUGUAUCAUAUUCAUAUGGAGCCUUUAUAAAUGUAAAGUGCUUUACUUUCCACAAUGCUGUUGACUGAGUAUCUCUCAACCAAUGGAUGUGAACACCUUCCUGGUUAAGUGAGAAAACGUUGAACAUUUUUGGCUGCUGCCUAAUGUCUGUGGUACAGUAUUCCUGUGUGACAGACAGCGGCUGCAUAGUAUGCAUCACCACGGUACAAUCGUUUUAGGUUGACAUGAAAUUCCCUCAUGUGUUGCUUUAGUAGAGCAGAAGAAAGAGACAGAAAACUAGAUUUUCAGAAUCAGGAUUUUCAGGAACAGGAUUGCGCCACCAUUCAGUGACCACAUGAUGGCCUGCCCACUCCUUACAGUGUAAAGUUUGGGUAAAAAAUUUUUGCAGAUUGGAUUUAAAUGAAAACUUUAUUUUGAAAUCCCUUUAAUACUGUUAUCGCUAUAGGUUUUGAACGAUUUAUAUUAUGUCACCGUUUCCACUGUAAGUGGUGCACAUGUAAAUGUGGUCAAAUUGCGUCUGUUCUUUUCCACUUAGGGAGACAUGUUUCUUAUGUUUGUUUUCAGUUUUUUCCUUGACUUAUAUAGUGGCUCUUAAUACCAUCUAGUCAUUGAGAUCCUCAGGCACAGAACUAAUAACUUUUCAGAUAUUUAUCGCAGUGCUGUGGCUCAGAGCCAAGCUGCCCUGCUCUUUUGAACCAGACGCUAAGGUUUUUCUCCUUCAGCCCCACACUUAGUGCUUCGUUAUGCCAGUAUUCCUGGUGUUACCCCCCCCAACCCCCCCCUUCUGACCUGGGGAAGUUACCCCCAGCUUUCUAUCGUAGCUCAUGAUGGUUUUCAGACCUUUCCAUGGCUGCAGAGGAGCACUGGUUGUGCUGGGGCUGACCCUGGUUUGCUUCUCUAGUUGAUGAGGUGUGCUGCUGAGGAGACCCCAGAGCAGCAGGCUGUACAGGGUGCUUCUUCUUUAACUCUAAAUCCAUCUACCCACUUGUGGGAUUGUACACUCAAGGGGGUUCAGGAAACACGCCACAGGUGCUUGCCGCGUUGUUUCUUAAUAGGGCGUGAGUUGUCAUUGUAGAGGGAGUGUUGCAAAGGUUCAUUUUCAGCUGAGUCAUAGUGCAAAGCAGAGAUCUCACCAUUUAAAGGGGGUUUAACUCAUACCCAGGAAUGCAUUACUCUUUCCCUCUGUCCUUGUACACUACAGCUUAAUGCUUCCCCCCCAACUACUAAUCCACACCAAUGACAAAAUUAAAAUGUAUUUAUUAAUGUGUAUUAUAAUUACUGCCACCAUUAUUAUGUUUCCUAGCAACUUAAUGGCUUUUCCCGUUUAUACACCAGGGUAUUUCAUAGGGUCGGUUCAGGUGAAGGACUUGACGUGGCAGCAUUCACCUUACUGGGCUGUGUUCUCAAGCCCUGUGCUCACUGCAACUUUGUCUAGUGUAUAUUUUAAUUUGGGAUCAACAGAUUGAUCUAUACAGUGAUUGCUGUCAGUUGUGUGACUGGGAUGUGGUACUUCUGUACAUUUGACCAUACCGUACUUUGUAUGGGAACAGGGUUUCCCCGAGUGUCCUUGGAAAGCAGGGGCCUUGGACACUGUACAGAAUGAUGGUGAUGGUGGUGUUGAGGAUAAAAACUGUUGCCAAAUUGAGUCUGUUUUGAAAUGGGAAGAUGAGGAAGGGGGAGAGAAUGUGCUGGAAAGGGGAUGUGUUAUGGACUGUCUUGUUCAUACGCACACGGCCACCUUACAACACAUUUCGGAUGUCCAGCAAGCUGUUGUGUAGAUAAAGACGCACAGGACAGGAUUCUUAUUCUAAUUGGUCACGAUACCCUGAUUCUAUCAUUUCUGUGAUAUUCCCCCCAGUGGAAACGCUUGUGCAUCUACACUGGAAUAUGACAAAAAAUCCUCCCUCUGAAUCUGUCAGUCUCCCCCGUUUCACCAUUGCUGUCUUGUGUUUUAAUGCUGUCAGUCAUUUUAUUACUGAUCUCACUGUAUGAGAUGUUCUUCUUGAGGGUCUGGGUUUUUCUAUCUUUUUUAUGCUGAAAUGUCGGUAUUUUUCUUUAAAGCUCACUUUUAUGUCUCUGUAAGGUAAAUUAACCAGACAAAGUAACAACUUUGAUAGUGUGCUGCUGCUUCUCAUACUUUGAGAGCCACAGCAAAUGUCAGCCAGAUGUUACCCUUUCCAGAGGAGGGGUCCACCUGAAUGGCUUCUUCCAGCAGAAAGGGAGUUGUGCUCACUGUACCUUUCACUAGACUUUGGCUCUAUAAGAAUUAAUAUUCAUAACCUGACACUCAUUGCACUACGUCGAGAUGCAGCAUGCGAUUCAUCUGUCUGCUGCUGGAAGCUGGAGCUGACUUGGCUCUGCGUUCAAAUAAAAUGUAAAUCCGUGUAUAUCACAUAUAUCAAAUGUGUCUGAUUGAUGCAUUACUUCAGUUACUUUCACUUUGAAGGUAAAUGCAAUAAACUCCUUUUUUGUGCAGUUGCAUCUUCCUUUUUCAAUGUAAACGUCCCCUUUCCCCCGCGGCAUCAUUAGUGAUUGUGUUCACUGCACACUUCAACGGUACGCUUGUUUUCCCUUGACUCAAAUGCAACAUACAAAGAAAACAUAUUUGCUAUUUUUAGUUUAAAUAUGUAAUACCAUUCAUACUGAGCAUAUUGAUGUGCUUAUUGUCUGAUCUGGUUACAAAGCUACACCUGUUCUUGGGUUGGUUCCAAUAUGUAGUCUGCAUGUGCAAGACUGUGAUUGACUUUGAAAUUGUCAGUAAUUUUUAAACAAACUCUGGUCACAGUAGAAACUGUAGUAUGAUUAAAGUGCUCAUGUUUGUACAGGAGCGCAAAUCCUGUUCUUUCUGGCCUGGUCCUCGUCUGUGGGUAUGAAGUAACUUGUGGUGCUGUUUCCUGCUGCUACGGAAAGCAGGAUGUUAAAGAAGUCAGCUGAAGCCACCAGCUGUUAGUUCAGCGUAAACAUAAAUUUCAUUCAGCAUUUAUGGCUCACCUUCACAAGCCCCCAACCCCUGACCUUCGUUUCCAACCUUCUGAAUGAACAUGCCAGACAAAGCAGCAGGCAUAAAUUCUGAGGGAAUUAAGUACACCACCUGUGCCUCAUUCACAUCUGUCAGAUUAAUGUAAUCAUUAACAGCCUCAUUUAGUUCCAAAGAGUGGUGUCCUUAC